CUUCCCUCUUUCAUUUUUACGCAAAUUUUGUCAUCCCUCACAAUCCCUGCUCCUCAAUUUCAUUCGUAUUUUUCCCCGGGCGGUAGCUCCCGAAUUCCAAAUUCAACUGUUGAAAGGUUCUCAUUGAUUCCCCAGAGCCUGCCAAGCGAAGCAAAGUACGGGUGAAAUUAAAAGGCCUUGAGCAGUAGAAACAAGAAGUGGCAUUGAUAAACAUACACCCAAGUGCAAUCAGGUUAAAAUCCCUGGUCACAUACAGUUGCAUUGCUGAAAAUUCACAUAUUCCUCUCAAAUUUAAACCACGAGAUGCAUUGUGAUGGCUGAAACUGAGGAAACCGGAGUUGAGUUGGAGCUAGAUCCCAAUGAGGCCACUCCAAAGCUACAACGCAUCAAAAUCACCAGGGUUUCUGAGGAUAACAAUAAGAAGAUACCGCACAAGAGACUCAAAGAUGUGGAAAUAUGUGUUCCAAUAGUCUAUGGAACAAUUGCAUUUUGGCUGGGUAAAAAGGCCACUGAAGCUCAAUCACAUAAGUGGACUGUCUAUGUGCGUGGAGCUACAAAUGAGGAUUUGGGUGCAGUGAUUAAGCGAGCUGUAUUUCAGCUGCAUCCCAGUUUCAGUAAUCCUGUUCGAGUUGUUGAAUCACCACCUUUUGAGUUGUCAGAAUGUGGUUGGGGAGAAUUUGAAAUUGCGAUUUCCCUGUUUUUUCACAAUGAUGUCUGUGAAAAGCAGCUGGAUUUGUAUCACCAUCUUAAGUUGUAUUUGGAAGAUGAGAGUGGUCCUCAGUCAACCAAAAAACCUGUUGUUGUGGAAACUUACAAUGAAAUUGUAUUUCCAGAUCCUUAUGAAGAUUUUUAUUUACGUGCACAAAAGAACCCUGCUGUAAUUCUUCCUUGUCUUCCAAUCACCUCAAACCUACCUUCUGGUGAUGCGGAUCUGAAUGAAAAGAAAGGUGAUGCUAAAGAUCACCCAUUGAGCCAAUGGUUUAUCAAUUUCUCAGAGGCAGAUGAGUUAUUAAAACUUGCGGCUGCACGUCAGAAGGUCCAAGCACAUAUCGUCAAGCUAAGAAGGCAAUUAAAUACCUUAGAAGGGCCACCGUUGCAGUCAUAGAAACCUUCUUCUGGUCAGUGGCAUGCUUGAUUUCACAAAGGUAGAUGGGCACAUUUUCGGUGAUUGAUGUACAAAUAUAGUAUAUGCUAGGCAAGGUUAGUUAUUUAUCAUUUUGUUGAUCUUUCAUUGAUGGUCUCCAUUAGCAUUUCACCAUCAACACAAUAUUUAGGGCAAUUUAUGGUUUUCAAUGCUAUUUAGCUGAUAUCAUGGUAUCUGAUCCUACAUUUAUAAAAAUUUAUUGCAUUGCUUAUAUUUCAUGGAGAUCCCAUUUUUGAGGCAACA